UAACUAUAUACUUUUUGUUUGUUUUUAUCAAUGAUUUUAAAAACUGUCAAAAUUGGCUAGUCAUCAUAAUUUAUAAUCAUGUUGAGUAAAUUAUUUUGUAUGCUGAAAGUAAACUGUGGAACUUGAUAAUUGCAAAUUAAUUUUAGAUUUCAAGAUGAUCCUGGAUCUAUCACAUAACUAACUUUUCUGUACUUGUCAACUUUUGCUGCUCUAGUAAUGUGAUGGGUAGAUUGAUUCUUAUUGUUCAAUUAGAAAAAGGUUUAUGGAAACAGGCCUACUGUGUACGUUUCAAUAUAUAGUCUUCAGGCCUGCUAGAGAUGGAAUAAUCGGCAAUUCUGUUUAUUUGAGAGCGUGUCUUUUUAUUGGUUUUAUUUUGCAUAAACAAUUCAAGCAGAAAUCAUAUUGAUCUUUGCCAAGUAGAAUCUUCGUCUAUUGCUAUUUUUUAGUUUGAGAGCGCGUUUUUUAGUAUUCUACAAUCUCUCUUGUAGCUGUAGUACGCAUUGCUGUAGGUUCUUGUGUACUUGAGGCAACAUCCCAGUCCAUGAUAAGAUAGCCAACCAUAUGUUAUUUAGAUCAUGCUGUGACAUUAUUGCUCAUCUAUAUGUUAUUUAGAUCAUCUAUAUGAUAAGAUUCUUCUUGUUGGUUGUCAAGGGCAUGAAUAAUUGAUCUUAACAGAGAAUGGUGCUUGUCAGCCAAAAUUGAUGAGUUGAGUUGUUGGAUUAAUAAUAUCAACACGAGAUUAUUUUACUCCAGUUUUAAUAUUAUUGAUAAAAUCUUGAAUUAGUCUAUAGUGUUACAAUAUUAUUGAUAAAAUCUUGAAUUAGUCUAUAGUGUUACUGCCAUGAUGAUUGCUUUUAGCUCCAGCUUCUUUCUUUUUUAUUCAAAGGGCAGGUGGAUUGCUAUUCUAGUCAGUUGUUUAGCUGGAGUGCCUGUUUACUUAUUUUGUAAACUGCAAUAUCGUCUAUUCUUCGAUGUCUAUCGUCCAACAUUCAGGUCCAGGUUUAUGUUCAAGGCCAGGAAAGAUAUGCUUUACUAGAAGUCAGAAUGUACUUUAUCUUAUCUUCUUAAAUACCUGGUUGGUACUUCACAGAAACUGUUAAAUAUUUACGCGCAUAUUUGCAAAUGAAUCUUGUUGUUAAAACUGAGAGAUAAUGUAGGUAAAGAUCUCAUCUUUCUUUGUGUUGAUUCAUGACUAAAGAACUCGGAAUAUUUUAAUUGACUGUCCCAUCCCCAGUUUGGCCAGGUAAGGGAGUACUUUAAUCUACUCUGUAGGCAGCUUUCACUCAUUAGUGUCUAUAUUGGAUAAUGUAGGCAGCUUUCACUCAUUAGUGUCUAUAUUAUUCUUGUUAUGAUAAUUACAAUGUUAAGAUAUAUCCAAUGAGGAAGGUUAUAAGAUUCUGGUGAUGUCUGACCGAGGUAACAUAUUCCUUUAUCUUAGAGGAAGUUCAGAAUGUAUAUUACCUUUAUCUUAUGUGUUCUGUUUUGUGAUUUAUCUGAGCUUAUGGACUUCUGUUAACUCCUUGCUUACUGCUAAAGGAGUCAAUCUUGAAGUGCAAGCUUUGAUGAGUAUUAAAGCUGCUUUGAAGGAUCCUCAUGGGGUUUUAGCAAAGUGGGAUUCUGAUGCAGCUGAUCCAUGUAGCUGGACAAUGGUCACCUGUUCACCUGAUUAUCUUGUCGUUGGCCUAGGAACUCCAAGCCAGACUUUAUCUGGUAUUCUUUCUCCAAGCAUUGGUAACUUGACAAAUCUUCAGACAGUGCAAGUGCUCAAUCGCAAAUUUAUCUGCAGAGGAACUUCAAGCCAGAGUUUAUCUGGUAAAUGAUCUGCCGCUACCUCCCGUGGCCAGGGUAGAGGAUAAGCUCUACAUAUGGAUAAUGCCUAGAGGUGUUGUGGUUCUCCGGUGUUCUCGUAUUCACUUCACAAAUUUUGUAUUUUAUUUGUAAAUUAUGAAGAACUGGCUGUGGCCAAAGUUUGGAUUUUAUUUGUGAAUUUUUAAUAUUUAUCAUAGUUGAUUUAGGUACUACUGACUGUGUAAUGAAUUGGGAAGUAUGCUAUUGACAUGAAAUUAAUUAAUUUGUGUAUUUAAUUUA